UAGAAAUGAUAAAAAAUGCUUCUAUAAUAAAUUGUCUAAUGUAGCGUAAAUAUUUCUGUAUUGAGAUUGUAUUUCUGUAUUCAGAUGAAAUAAAGGCAGAGCUGGUUCAACAUGAACGCCACUCGCCUAGACACUCUGAAGCAGGCCUUUAUCAAGAAUUUCAUCACGGUCUUCCUCUGCGUCAUCAUCAACCUCGUCAACGGCUCUUUUGUCUACAUCUACUUCAGGAGUCAGGAGUUCCAGAGGGACCCUAGGUAUGUGCUGUUCAUCCACCUGGUCCUUAAUGACAUGGUGCUGCUGAGCCUUUCUACGGCGCUACAGAUCAUAACCUACACCUUCCGGCUCACACUCGCCCCCUGCUGUGUCCUGAUCCUCAUCCUCCUCGCCGCAAACAAGAACAGUCCAGUGAACCUCGCCUGCAUGGCGGUGGAGCGCUACAUCGCUGUGUGUUGGCCGCUACACCACCCCCAGCUGUGCACCGUGGGUCGCACCUACUGCCUGAUCGGCCUCAUCUGGGGCGUGUCCUUCCUCCCCGGCCUCAGCAACCUGGUCAUCCUGCUGCUGAACUGGCCUGCUUCCGAGUCCUGGUUCUCGGUGGUCACCUGCUACAACAACCGCAUCUUCAACAUGCCCCAGCACCAGACCAACGACCUUUUCAUGGAAGUCUUCUUCCUGUCCGUGGUGAGCGUCACCCUGGCCGCCACCUACCUCAAGGUGCUGCCGCCUCCGCCAGCAGCCGAGCGUCGGCCAGGAAGGCGAGGAACACCAUCCUGCUGCACGGCGUCCAGCUGCUCAUCUGCAUGCUCACCUACGUGGCGCCGUUCGUCUGCGUACCCCUCAUCAGGGCCAUGCCCCACCAGCUCACCGUAAUCCUCUUCAUCUCAUUCAUCCUCGUCAAUAUCCUGCCGCGCCUCCUCAGCCCCCUCAUCUACGGCGUGCGCGACCAAAAGUUCAGGACUCAGCUCAGACUGCUCUUCUCCUGCAGGAGCUCUGGGCCUGGGGAGGGCGA